AUGACACCCCCCCCCGUGGUCCCCAGAGAGCCGGCAGGAGGGCUUCCGGUUCCGGCCUGGCAAGCUGGGAGAGCAGCACGAAACUCCACUCACAAUCUCCUGACCGCGCACGCGCGGGGGGUGGGGCCCCGCGGCUUCCCCCUGCGCCUCCGGGCCACCGAGGUUCGCGUCAGCCCGGUGGAGUCCAAGGUGGCCGGCACGUUGCAGCUGGACGAGGGCCCCACCGAGCCGGUGGGGGGGUAUGAGCGCCCGGAGGCCUUUCUGAGGAAGAUGCACCACGUGUUCCUGGAGGUGGACGUUCUGGAGGGCACCCUGCCAUGCCCAGAGUCUGGGCGUCUGUUCCCCAUCAGCCGCGGGAUCCCCGACAUGCUGCUGAAUGAUGAAGAAGCUGAGACGUCGCUUUGCCAGCCAGCGUUGUGACAUCCUGUGGCAGUGUGUCUUUUCUUCAAUGUAUAUUGCGUUUUUACUGGUUGAGACCCCACCUUGACCCAUUAACACACGGAACACACACUUCUUGA